AUGCUCUACAAAGCCACAAGAAAAAUCAGACCUAUAAAGGACGACCUCAGAAAAUCCUUUGACAUUAAGGAUUUAGGUCAUCUCCUAUAUUUUCUUGAUAUUGAGGUUACUCGUUCUCGUCGUGUGUCUUAUGGGAUGCCUUUUUACCUGACAAACGAGAGACUGGAUAUCACGUUUGCUGUUAGUAUUGUUAGUCAGUAUAUGCACUCACCACGUACUUUACAUCUAGAUGUCGUUUAUCACAUUCACAGCAGGAUAAAAGCAACAUCAAACAUAUGUAAUAGGUUAAGUUUUGCGCUAAAAUACUCGAAAUGGUUUGAGUUUGAGGAUACCCAUACUAAAAUACUCACACCAUCAUCAAGGCUACAUGUCUGUCUGUUUAACACAAAUUGGAGACUCACGCUGGAAGAGAAAGGCAAGUCAAAGACUCAGCAAAUAGUUUCUCAAUUAUUGAUGUUCAGUGCAGUAGUUCCGAAACCAAGCUCCAACACAUCACUGCAGCUUUGCUUCCAUUAUGAUAGACUUGCUUUGAUCGAAUUCAAAAGCAACUUUUCACUAAACAUUAAUGCUUCCUACCAUUGUCCAACUUCUUAUCCAAAGACCAAGUCAUGGAAGGAAGGCAGAGAUUGUUGUUCUUGGGAUGGUGUUACUUGUGAUACUGUCACCGGUCGAGUAAUUGGCCUCGACCUCAGUUGCAGUUUGCUUCAUGGCUCUCUAUCUUCUAACAAUAGCCUCUUCCGACUUUCACACCUCCAAAAACUCAAUCUUGCUGGUAAUGAUUUUAGUGAUUCAAAGAUAUCUCUCGAGUUUCGUGAGGCUUAUAAUGAUUUGAAUUCAAAGAUAUCUCCCAAGUUUGGUCAGCUUAAGAGUUUGACACAUCUUAAUCUCUCCUAUUCUUCCUUUUUAGGUGAAGUUCCAUCUGAAAUCUCUCACCUCUCCAACCUCAUUUCCCUCGAUAUUUCUUAUAAUUGGUUGAUGAUUGAAGAUCUUUCCCUUAAGAGACUGGUGCAAAAUUGUUCACUUCUUAAACAACUUCUCUUCAUGGGUCUGAACUUGUCAUCCAUUGAUACAAAUUCUUUGAUGAAUCUCUCAUCUUCUUUGACAGAUCUAAGACUUCAAUCGUGUGGAUUGCAAGGGAAGUUCCCAAGCAGCAUUCUUUACUUGCCGCACCUACACAUACUCGAUUUAUCAUAUAAUGAUCAACUCAACAUUCAUUUGCCAAAGUCUAACUGGAGUAGUCCUCUCCAAGAACUGCACUUUGAUGGUGUGCCUUUCACAGGGGAUCAGCUGCCUGAAUCAAUCGGUGAUUUGAAUUCCUUGAAGCAAUUGACUAUUGGAGGAUGUGAUUUCGCAGGGUCAAUUCCAGCGUGGAUUGGCAACCUACUGCAACUCACUCUUUUUGGAGGUGAAUACAACAAUUUCAAUGGUAGAAUCCCAUCCUCACUAAUAAAUCUCUCAAAGCUAGAAGUGUUGUCGCUUUACAACAAUAAGCUGGUUGGUCCUCUUCCUAAUUUUUUGAAUCUAUCAAAAUUAGUUACGCUAUAUUUAUCUCGGAAUUCGCUCAAUGGAACCAUACAAUCAGUUUUGUACAACUUACCUUUUUCAUUGCAUUCUUUGGAUCUCUCAAGCAAUCAAUUCACUGGUCCUAUCAAUGAAUUCCAAUUCCAAUCUCUUGAGGAACUUGGUUUGGGUGGUAACAAGCUAAAUGGUUCUGUUCCAAGCUCAAUCUUUAAUCUUGUUAACCUCACAUUGCUUGAUCUGUCAUCGAGUAGCUUUAGCGGGACCUUGGAUGUAUCCAUGUUCUCAAAUCUCAAAAAUCUUCAAGUCCUUUUGCUUUCCGAUAACGAGAUCUCGUUCACCACCAACACAUUCCCCAAUAAUCUACGGCAAUUGUCUCUUGCUUCUUGUAAUGUUACUGAAUUCCCCUACUUCUUAAGAGACUUGAAAGAUCUAGAGCGUCUAGACCUUUCCAAUAAUAGACUUUCUGGCCAAGUUCCUGAAUGGUUUUUGGAAGUGGGGAUUGAUACAUUAAUUUAUCUGAAUCUUGCCAACAACUCUUUGACUGGUAUUAAAGAAAUUCCAUGGAAGUUUCUUCAAGUUCUAGACCUUCACUCUAACUUGCUCCAAGGAUUGCUACCAAUUCCAAUCAGAAUGGAGGCGAUGGCAGUCUACCUGAUCUCAAACAAUGAUUUGACAGGAGAGAUACCUUCUUGGAUUUGCAAUACUACUAUGAGAUUUCUUGACCUUUCAAGCAAUAGCUUUUCUGGAACUAUUCCACCAUGCUUCAGAAACAAGAGCCAAGGUCUUAAGGUUCUCAAUCUACGAAAUAAUAAAUUCAGUGGCAAAAUUCCGGAUAUUUUCAAGGAAGGAUGUGGAUUACUCUCUCUCAAUCUUAAUGACAAUCAACUGAAAGGGCCUCUGCCAAGAUCACUAGUGAAUUGCAAACUUUUGGAACUUGUAGACCUUGGCAACAACCGAAUAAAUGACACAUUCCCUCAUUGGUUGAAAAAUCUCUCAGAACUGCAAGUUCUUGUCCUGAAGUCCAACAGUUUUCAUGGUUCUAUACAAGAUUGCAAGGACACUAAUUGUUUCUCCAAGUUACAAAUAUUUGACAUCUCAAACAAUGAGUUUUUUGGUCCUUUGCCUGUCAAAUAUUUUGAGAAUCUGCAGGCCAUGAUGAAAAGUGAAGAAGGUUCAGGUGAUUGGAAACAUUUGGGGGCAAACAGUUUUUCAUACCAAGAUUCUGUCUUUGUGGUCAUGAAAGGGCAAGAGUAUCAAUUAGUUAGAAUAAUAAUGACAUUCAAGACCAUAGAUUUUUCAAACAACAAGUUUCAAGGAGAAAUUCCUGACGUCAUUGGCAAGCUUACUUAUCUCAAAGGUCUCAACAUUUCACAUAACAGCAUUGGAGGUGGCAUCCCGUUGUCUUUGGGAAAUUUGAGAAAUCUUGAAUGGUUAGACCUAUCUUCGAACAGGCUUAUAGGGAAGAUUCCAGAACAAUUGACAGGUCUAACAUUUCUUUCACACUUAAACCUCUCCCAUAACAAACUCGUUGGACCAAUACCCAGGAGCACGCAGUUCGACACAUUUGACAAUAGUUCCUACAAAGGGAAUUUAGGGUUGUGUGGGUUUCCAUUAUCAAAAACUUGUCGCAGUAAUGGCGCUCCACCACAAUCGCAACCAUUGCUUGGUGAAGAGGAUGAUUCUGGAAGUGAUUUUGAUUGGAAGAUCAUAAUGAUGGGUUACAGUUCUGGAUUGGUUCUGGGAUUGUCUUUGGGAUAUAUCAUGUUCGUAACACGAAAACCAGAAUGGUUAGUGAGGCUCAUUGAAGGAAGCUGGCUUAAGCAGGUGAAGAGGCCAAAUGAAAGACAUAGAAGAAGAAGAAACAGCUAG